CAUUUUAAACUGACAGCUGUUGCAAAUAUGUCAUUUGCUAUGUUUCUAAAUCAAAUGAGUCAUUUUUCCGUGUGUGUAUGUGUGUUUGUAUAUUUUCCGUGUAUAUUACUCUCUCUCCAGUAAUUAUAUGUGAUAUAACAAAAAUGUGUGGAAUUUAUUGUUGCCUGCAACAGAAAAAAAAAGAUGAAUACACAACAUCUUCAAUUGAGAUAAAUGAGCUUACCAAACAAUUGCUUGAGAAUCGAGGACCAAACCAGAAUGCAGAAAUAACCUUAAAAAUCGAUCAUUAUGAAAUUCUUUUCUCUGGAUUUGUUCUAUGGCAACAAGGUGCCAACAAACUAUGCCCACAACCUCAUUCAUACAAAAAUCAUAUUAUAUUGAUUAAUGGCGACAUCUUCACAAAACGUGAAGAUUUAGCAAUAAGUGAUACUGAAUGGCUGACUUUACAAAUCGAUAAAUGUAAAGAUGAAUCCGAGCUUCUUGAUUUAUUUCGAAGACUGAAAGGACCUUUUAGUAUUAUUUAUUAUAAUCUGAAUGUGAAAAAAUUAUAUUUCUUGCGUGACAUUUUUGGCAGGCAGUCAUUUUUAUUGGCAAAAACAAACAGUCAUAAUAUAAUUUUAUCAAGUGUUCUGGGAGCAUCUUUAGAACAGCAUUACACGAAAUGUAUAGAAUUGAAUCCACUUGGUGUAUUCUGCAUUGAUUUGAUGAAAGAAGAUAUCAUAAUACAGCUUAAUCCAUGGCAGCCUUUGAAUGAAGAAAAUUUCACGCAAACAAAUGAACUACAAGACUUUUUGAAUACAACAAUAGAAUUGAGACCAUCCAUUGGCUCAAUAUGGCUGGAGUUGGAUAAUAUAUCGUAUUUUUAUAAUUUUCAAAGUAUACUGGAUUCAUAUGAAAUUCAAGGGAAGUCAUAUGUCGAUAUUUUUGAACAACUUCUGAAAAAUAAUAAUGUCGUUUCUGUGUGUGAUGAGGUUAUAUUGCGGCUAGAAAAAUCACUAUUAGAUCGAACAAUAAACACUCCAUACGUUUGUAAGGAAUGUUUACAAGCCAAGGAUAUUGAUUUUUCAAGUUGCUGCCACGCCAGGAUUGGAAUUUUAUUUUCAGGGGGCAUUGAUUGUACAAUAUUGGCCGUAUUAAUGGAUAAAGUUCUGAACCCUAGCCAAGAAAUUGAUUUAAUUAAUGUUUCAUUCGAAAAAAUAAAUCGGUCAGGAGUGAAAAAUGAAAUAGAUUAUAAUACUCGAUUUAAUACUCCUGAUCGAGUGUCGGCAAAAAAUGCUGUGGAUGAAUUAAAACAAAUAAACCCUGAAAGAAAAUGGAAUUUAGUUGAAGUUAACGUCAGUCGAAACGAAUUGAGUGACGCAUUGAAGACUAGAAUUCGUCAUUUGGUGUUUCCACUGAGAACUGUUUUAGAUGAGAGUUUGGGUUGUGUUUUGUGGUUUGGUGCACGAGGAAAAGGUAUAAAAUUUUUAUAAUUUUGAAAGCAUUCUGCUUUUUUAUGUGUGUGGCCGAAUGAAUGAUUGAUUGGAGCAGCAUCAUCAAUAGAGUGUAGAGUUUCAUGAUACAUUAAAUUUUUGAUACACUUUUCACUGGAUUUCACUGGAUUUUGUAUGGGAGAUAUACCUGUAUGAAAACGAGACUAUCAUCACACUUUAUAACAGAGGAACGUAACAUGCUGUGUAUGAAAAUACUUAUACAUGUGCGCAUACUCAGCUUCGUUUCUGUGAUGGCCACUUUAAGCGUACAUGUGAUGCUUGUGUAUGUAUUGUUUCUUUAAUCUCUACAGUGUACUGUCAAUUUCGCUCCUUCAAAUCAGAGGUGCGCACGCAUUUUUUUUUUUGGGGGGGG